AUGGUGCCAAACGGUUGCAAAAGCUCCCCUGAAAGGUUUGUCGGUGUAAACAGAAGGCUUUUUGUCACAGGAAAAGAAAUCAGCCCCCGACAACUUAACCGGCAGAAAAAGAUUUUUUCAAAAAAAAGCCCUGAGCCCCCGGGGUCACAAUUUCAUCAAAAAUCUGACUUUCGGAAAUUCACUCAAAAAUGGGGCCUAAUGGUUGCAAAUGUUCGCCUGAAAGGUUUGGCGGUCGAAACAGAAGACUUUUUAUCACAUGGCAGGAAAUCAGCCCUCGACAACUUAACCGAGCGGAAAAGAUUUUUUUGA